GUCGUUCGUCAGUCAGUGCGUGCGUGCAGUACAUUCAGGUGCAAAAAGAAGCCACUAGAAAGGUUACGCAUCAAAAUAUUUGCAGUUUUAAUCGUUUCAUCGUUUCAUCGUCCUUGUACGGCUACAAGGAAAUUUUCACCAUAUCCUAAGUCUAGUGUGUGGAAGGAAGAAAACGACAAGAAACCAUAUGUGUGAAGAUUGAAAGGAAAAAUAUUUACUGUUCCGAUUUGGAGAUUAUCGAUUUUUGCAAUGAUUGUUUGCAAAAGGGAGAAAGCAGCAGCAAGAUUAUAAAAAGAUAUAGAUAUGCUGCAUGACGUACCUAAUGCUUAAAUAAAAUUACAAUUCGGUAGUAAAAUCAUUCUACAUAGGAGAAACUGUACGCUAAAUGCAGGAAGCAGUAAAUAUCGUGCGAGAGUUUGUUGAAGUACAGAACGGUAGGCAGUGAACAGGAUGUUCACUCGACUGAGAAAUCGUGUAUUGACUGUGGUCGGACCGGACAUACCCGCUCUGCCGUCCAGUGGUGGAAGUGGUGGAGGAAGCAGCGGAUCAGCGCACCACGGAGGCCGCGAUGAUCACGGAGGCAAAGGAAACCUCCCGGAAAAAUUCCGUUACGCACGGCCCCAGUUUCUGCAAUUGCUGACAUACGAUGAACUGAAGGCGAGUGCCGAUCAUAAUGUACGACCGAUCAUCGUUCCGCGAGACCUGUCGCUGCUGCCGUGGAAUACUGGCUAUGCUGAGUGUGUCAACUCGGGUAAGUCCGAAUGGAACGAAGAUCAGGCCGCGUUCCAUCGGCAGGUUCUUUCCCAUCCGUCGAAGCAGUAUCAGGAUUUACCGUACACCUACUUCGGUAUUUACGAUGGCCAUGCCGGUUACGGUGCCGCAUUGGCCGCUUCCAAUCAAUUUCAUCAUAUCCUGCACGAGAAGCUAGUCGACAUAAUAGACUUGCUGAUGCCCCGAGUUGAAGGCAAUGACCCAGCCCCCACUGGUAUUGGCAGUGUUGGACUCAACGCAAUCUUGCCGCACCCAAUUUUGUUCCAUAAACAGGUUUCGAAAGAUGAACUAAUCGUUGGAGCGUUGGAAGCAGCAUUCGCCGAUAUGGAUGCUCUACUCGCAGAAGAUCGUGACAAAUACAGAAAUGCGGGAGGUUGUACCGCUCUAGUGGCACUAUUUAUCCUGGGAAAGCUCUUUGUAGCGAACGCCGGCGAUUCACGUGGAGUGUUGUGCAAGCGGAUAAGCAAACAGAAGCUACCAAAUAUUCGACCACUAAGCGUUUACGAAGACGGUGUAAACGGAGAAACUCCCGCAGACGAAGAAGACGAUGGAUAUGUAGUGUACGCUGAACCUUGCUCAUUCGAUCAUACCCCAGAAACUGAACGGCCCAGACUACUGUCGGUUGGAAAGCUCAAUCCCAACUUAAUGGGAGGCGAAUACGUGGCUAUGGAAUAUGCAAAGAAACCGAUGACAAAAGAUUUGGGCACUCGAAUUCUUUACCGGCAAGGAACUAUGAAAGGCUGGACCUACAAAACGCUGACAAGGAGCGACCUGAAAAUGCCUAUUGUAACCGGCGAAGGAAAGCGUAGUCGCCUGCUAGGAACAAUUGGCGUCACCCGUGGUUUCGGUGACCACGAUUUGAAGGCACUCGGCAGUGGUCUACCGAUUAAACCAUUCCUCAGCUGUCAUCCGGACGUAAUUUGUGUCGAUCUCAGCUCGAUUGAAAGCGAUCCGGACGCUGACAAUUGCGACGGCGAAUACGGUGUGCUGGUUAUGGCAACGGACGGCUUGUGGGACGUAACCUAUUCGCAGAAGGUGGCAAAUACGGUUUUUAAUACUUUGAAAAAAUUUCCAACUGAACGGCACCGGUACACAAUGGCCGCUCAAGAGCUAGUCGCAAAAUCGCGUGGUCGCGCAAAUAUCAACGGGCACUGGCGACUGUCGGACUCCCGGGCAGCCGCUACUGUAGAUGAUAUCUCCGUAAUCGUGAUCCCAGUUUACCAAUACUAUCUGGAGUAUCUCGAAUGGAAACGGUCACUGCAGCGACGGAAGCCGUCAGUGGAGAUAGCUGCCGGUAGCACAAAUACCAGCUCUGAAAGCACUGGAUUGGAAAAAAUGGAUAACAAACAGCAGAACUCCUCUUGUGAUUCCGAUCCGCUAGAAGUUGAUAGUGCUUUCCAUACCGAACCCAUACCGAUAACGGCAGUCGAAGCUUCUUCGGCUGACGACACUACCCUGGCUGCUGUUUCCCAGUAGAACGUACCGAGAACCGAACCGUUUCGAUUGGUUGUUGGUUUGAUUUCGUUUCCAGGAUGUAUGCUUUCUAGAAUUUUGAACGUGAUUUUAUUUUAUUCCAAAUUCGAAACGAAAUUGUACUAUUUACUAUUUAGCUUCCUAAAUUCAAGAACAAUGUCCAGAUGAUGUGAAGAAUCAUGAAGAUAGCACCGCUAUAGACUAUACCCUAUUAUUACUAGUAAAACAACAUUAGACAACCAAUAAGCUGCAAGUUACUAAUUAAAAACAAUAAAAAUAGCAAAAUAUAAAUUUAUUU